UCCAAAUCAAAUCACCCAACACGUGGCUCCACGCACGUCUCUACUUCUCUUCCCCGUACGUUUCUCCCUUUCUUUCUAAAACAGCUUUACGUCUUGAUAAACGAACCCCUCUUUCCCUCUUCUCCAUACUCUCUCACACGAGUCACGACUCAGAAACAAGAAAUUCUCUUUUAAUAAUUCCCGGUGGUAGCGGUUUCAGAAUUAAGAGUGAAAUGGUGGGUGAAGCAGAAUUGAGGAGCGAGAACUUGAAUCAGUGCUUUGAGAGGCUGAUGACGGUUGCUGGUGGAAAUAGUGGGAUUGGUGGUGGGAUUAGUGAGGGAGGAGUGAAAAUGGAGGGAGUGGUUAUCACCGAGUGGAAAGAUAUCCCUAUUGAGCUCUUGCUGCGAAUUGUUUCUCUUGUUGAUGAUCGGACCGUGAUAAUGGCUUCUGGGGUUUGCAGUGGGUGGAGGGAUGCUCUCUGCUUGGGCCUCACCCAUCUCUCUCUCUCCUGGUGCAAAAACAACAUGAACAACUUGGUCCUAUCCCUUGCUCCUAAAUUCACAAAACUGGAAACUUUGGUUCUGCGCCAAGAUAAACCACAACUGGAGGAUAAUGCCAUUGGGGCUAUUGCCAAUUACUGCCAUGAUCUGCAGAACCUGGAUCUAAGCAAAAGCUUUAAGCUUAGUGAUCAUUCCCUGUAUGCAUUAGCUCAUGGUUGUCCUAAACUUACCAAACUUAACAUCAGUGGGUGCACUGCAUUUAGUGAUGGUGCUCUUGAAUAUCUGACUAACUUUUGCCAGAAAUUAAAAAUUUUGAAUCUUUGUGGAUGUGUAAAGGCUGCAACUGACCAUGCUUUGCAGGCUAUUGGACGGAACUGUAGUCAGCUGCAAUCUCUGAAUCUGGGAUGGUGUGAGAAUGUGGGUGAUCUUGGAGUAAUGAGUCUAGCAUAUGGUUGCCCUGAUCUCAGGACUCUUGAUUUAUGUGGAUGCGUCUGUAUAACAGAUGAUAGCGUGAUUGCUUUGGCAUAUAGAUGUCUCCAUCUGAGAUCCCUUGGCCUGUACUACUGUCGAAAUAUCACAGACAGGGCAAUGUAUUCACUGGUUCAUAGCCGAGUGAAGAACAAACCUCCAAUGUGGCAAUCCAUGAAGGAUAGGUGCAAUGAGGAAGGAUUGCGGAGUCUCAACAUCAGUCAGUGCACAGCACUCACCCCUCCUGCUGUGCAAGCGCUAUGCGACUCAUUUCCUGCACUUCACACCUGCUCAUGGAGACAUUCCCUAGUCAUGAGUGGCUGUUUGAACUUGACCUCUGUGCACUGUGCCUGUGCCGUCCAAGCACACCGAACAAUGAGUUCUAUUCCUAAUCCAGCUCAUUGAGCUCGUUAUUAAGUUUGAAGUUUCGAGUUCAAUCCUAAUCCCAUUGAGCCGUCUUUGAGUUCAAGGUAUCAAGUUUGUUAGAAGCCUACUUACGAACUAUGCCCCUGUACAUACGCGGUUGUGUUUAAAACCGGACUGUUUCGCUGCAAGUGAGCGGCACUUUUGUUGUUGAAUGUAUGGUUUGUAUAGUGUGUACUUAUGGAGCCAGCUCUUGCUUUCUGAGGUACCCAAAUAUUCCGGCCUAUUUGGAAGCCAAGUUUGCUGCACAAUGCUUUGUGUUGGAUGGUCCUACCUUUGAUGCUAGGAAAAGAAAAAAAAUUUAUAUUUUCCCUUCCAUGCAACCAUCUGUAAAACUUCACCCUUUACUCGAGGUGUUUCUGAA